UCAUAAAUCGAAGCAUCUACAAAGGUCUUCAAUUCGUUGACUGGCUCUUUUGCCCUACAACCAGUUUAACCAUCUCACCCUCACUUUACCUUCUCCAUCUUUUUAGGUUCUCUCGUUACCGAAUCGAAUUCCUAGGUUUUGCUUUCGUUCUUCACAAAUUCUCUCUUAAUGGCUGACGAGGUGGAGUAUCGCUGCUUUAUUGGCGGCCUUUCUUGGUCAACAUCUGACAGAGGUCUGAAAGAGGCGUUUGAAAAGUUUGGCCAUCUUGUCGAAGCCAAGGUAGUUGUUGACAAAUUUUCUGGACGUUCACGUGGUUUUGGAUUUGUCACUUUUGAUGAGAAAAAGGCUAUGGAUGAGGCAAUCAAAGCCAUGAAUGGAAUGGAUUUAGAUGGCCGUAGUAUUACAGUUGAUAAGGCUCAACCAAACCAAGGUUCUGGUAGAGAUCAUGAUGGUGACCGUCCACGUGGUGGUCGUGAUCAUGAUCGUGACCGAGGUCGAGAUUCUGGUGGUGCACGUGGAUCUAACAGUGGAGAUUGCUUUAAAUGUGGGAAACCUGGACAUUUUGCUAGGGAAUGUCCCAGUGAAGGUGGUAGAGGAGGUAGGUAUGGAGGUAGGGAUGACAAAUAUAGUGGUGGUGGUGGUGGUGGUGGCAGUGGUCGAUAUGGUCCAGACCGAAAUGGAGAUAGAUUUGGUGGGCGCAAUAGGAGUACUGGUGAUCGAGGAGGUUCAGGAAGUGAUCGAUAUAGCCGUGACCGCUCUGGGCCGUAUGAGCGACGUGGUUCUGGUGGCUUUCGUUCUGGAUAGUAUUGUGACUUAUCUUCUAGGCUUUACAUGGUGGGAUCUUGCUGUCAUGUCCUCCAGAGUGUCAAUGUUUCUAUCAACAGGUUGUCUCUAGUACAGAUCAGAGUUCUGAAGUGCAGAACUUGACGUUAAUAUUGACAUGUUUGUGUUCCUAUGUGAUGAAUUUGGUAUCUUGGUACAGUGGUGUGGUGUCUAAUGUGUUCUUGACAUAUUCAUUCAAACCUGGUUUUAUGAUCUUUGAGUGCCCUUGUAGCUGCUGAAUUACUUGUGACACACACAUACAGGGAAUUUCAAUAACUGCUGCACCAUUUCAUUUUGAAAAAAUUUCUUUUAGAAUACAACUAGUCCUGAUUUUUGAUGUUGGAUGGAUAUUGGGAGGACCUGGCUUUCGAUAGGCUACAACUAGGGAUCUGUGUCCUGACCUGGAAACUUUGAAGUGAAAUCUCCUUUUCAGAACGUUGUUCCCAAUGUCUUAUAAAUUCCAGAGGAGUUUUCAGGUAAUUACUCUUCCUUCUGUUGCCUUGCUGUCCUAAUAUGACAUAUCACCUAUGUAUUGUGUUAUAUUGAUGUUGUGAACUUUUUGGCAGCAUCGUUCCUUUUUAUGGUCUUAUUGGGUGCAUAAUACAGUUUCUUGUUAAUUGGGCGCUUUAAACUUAAAAUUUACCAAUGCCUUUGGGAUGCUCAAGCAAUUUAGCAAAUAAACUCACUUAAUCUCAAAUACGUCCUGCUGGCUUAUGGUUGAGCGGUAUUUCAUGUGCUAAAAUGCCUGGCAAGUUGUUUGGAAGCUCUUGAUGAGUUUGGCAACUGCUGCCCCAUCUUUUCCACUUACGGAUCUAUUUCCGAGUUCUAUUUCCGCUUUGUUCUUGUUGGGGGGAGACUUUUGAUGUUCUUGCCUGUUCUGGAUCUACUUGUUCUUCUUGGUUUUGUUUGCGGAGAUUAAUUCAGAUGUGUGAUUCUGUGCACCCGAGGUUUUCAUUCAAAGUUUAUUUGGAGUUUCUAUAAUGAUCGUCCCUUUCACCUUCUGGAUCAGUUUGGUUUCAAAUCCUUUGAGGGUUAUUUCUGUUGUUCUUUCUCUUCUCCAAAUGCGAUCAAAGGAACCCGUCUCGUGUCACCUGUAAUUUACUCAUAUGUAUCUCAAUCUUCAUCCUUGUUUGCUGCCAUGAUGAAUUUGUUACAACAAUAAAUGUUUGCCAAUUAUAUUUUAAACUUCUUCGGCUU